CUACGAUAAGAUAAGACGUGCAGUUUUUUCUUUACAACGUUAAAAUCGUAGGAUGCAUGUACAAGUCUAUUGAAAUAUAAUAAGUAUUAGGCUCGAACACAAAACACUAAUAAUUUUUUUAUGUUUUUUUCUGCAUUUAUUGGGUAACAAGAAUGAAGCUUUGGUAUUUCAUUGCUAUCUUGGUAAUAAUUCAAAAGAGUACUGUGGAUUCUGCAAGUCUAUCCAUCCAAACUCCGGAAGAGGGUUCUGGUUCUGGUGACGGUGAAUACGACGAUGACGAAGAUUAUAAUGGUAACAAAGAUGAGAUUACUAUUGACGACGAAGACUAUGAUGGUACCAUUAAACCCUGUGGCGGACCGAACUGUGGAGGAGAAAUAUCCAAAAACAUUACAAACAGGUUCAGUGAAGAUAACCAUUAUGGUAACAAAGAUAUAGUCACGAUUGACGACGAAGACCAUAAUAGUACACCAUCCUUCCAAACUCUAGAAGAUGGUUCUGGUUCUGGUGACUAUGGUUCUGGUUCUGAUGACGACGGAUAUGACGAUGACGAAGAUUAUUAUGGUAACCAUGGUAACCAUGAUGGUACUAUUAAACCCUGUGGUACAUCAAACUGUGGAGGAGAAAUGUCCAAAAACAUAACAAGCAGAUUCGGAGAAGAAACAUUUAAUGAAUAUAUUAUUGAAAUAGAUAUUAAAAAUACAACUGAGCAUACGAUAAUCUCCAAUGUAGAUAAGAUUGGCUUUUCAGGAAGAAAUCCAGUUCAUUUGAGCAUGUUCAGCAGAUGGAGAAAGCUGCCAAUAGAAAAAUCAGAACUAAAUAUAGAUAUCAUCAAACUAAUUCAAAAUAGUAACAGAAAAUGUACUGUGUAUACUUCGGUUGACAGUGUGAAUUUUGUAAUAUACUGUUAAUUACUAUAGAUGUUAUGUUGUU